AUGCCCACUAUUUCAGUCGACAAGGCCGCUCUCUUCAAGGAGUUAGGCCGGGAGUAUACCACGGAGGAGUUCGAUGAAUUGUGCUUCGAGUUUGGCAUUGAACUUGACGAAGAUACUACCAAUACCGAGCGACCGAUCGUCGACGGCGUGCAGGAGCCUCCACAGCUUAAGAUUGAAAUCCCCGCCAACCGAUAUGAUUUGCUUUGCUUCGAGGGUAUCCAAUUGAUGCUCAACAUUUUCCUGGGCCAGAAACCCUUGCCUGAGUACAAGCUGGUUUCCCCACCCAGUGGAGAGCUGCAGGAGAUUAUCGUUAAGGAAGAUACCACGAAGAUCCGCCCGUACGUCUCAGGUGCCAUCUUGCGAAAUGUUCAGUUCGACGAAGCUCGCUACGCAUCCUUCAUUGCUCUACAGGACAAGCUUCACCAGAACUUGGCUCGUCAACGAACCCUCGUUUCCAUCGGUACCCAUGACUUAGACACCAUUCAAGGGCCCUUCACUUACGAGGCUCUGCCUCCCAAGGAUAUCAAGUUCACUCCUCUGAAUCAGACCAAGGAGAUGGACGGUGAAGAGCUGAUGAACUUCUACGAGAAACACCAGCAGCUGGGCAAGUACUUGCAUAUCAUUCGCGACUCCCCAGUUUACCCCGUCAUCUACGAUUCGAAGCGAACAGUCUGCUCUCUUCCUCCCAUUAUCAACGGCGAUCACUCCAAAAUCUCCGUCAACACCACCAAUGUUUUCAUCGAGAUCACCGCCCUUGACCGCACAAAACUUGAGAUUGUGAACCGCAUGAUAGUUACCAUGUUCUCUCAAUACACUGCGGAGCCUUUCACCAUUGAGCCCAUCAGAAUCGUCUCAGAGCACAAUAACGAGUCUCGUGUUACCCCCGACCUUUCCCCUCGUGUUGCCGAGGCUGAGGUCUCUUACAUCAACCAAUGUUGUGGACUGGAACUCUCUGCCGCCGAUAUUAGCAGCCGACUGACCAAGAUGGCUUUCCGUGCCAAGCCUUCCGCUACCAAGCCUGACAUCGUUGAGGUCGAGAUUCCUCCCACCCGUGCUGAUGUGCUUCACCAGUGCGAUAUCAUGGAGGAUGUCGCCAUCGCCUACGGUUUCAACAGCCUUCCUCGCUCGUUCCCUAGCAAGUCUGGCACUGUUGCUCAGCCCCUCCCCAUCAACAAGCUAUCUGACAUCAUUCGUGUCGAGGCUGCCAUGGCUGGCUGGACUGAGGUUCUCCCUCUGAUCCUGUGCUCACACGAUGAGAGCUUUGCUUGGUUGAACCGCAAGGACGAUGGAAACACUGCUGUCAAGCUGGCCAAUCCUAAAACUCAGGAGUUCCAGGUUGUCCGUACUAGCUUGCUUCCCGGUCUGCUGAAGACAAUCCGUGAGAACAAGAGUCACACUGUCCCCAUGAAGAUCUUCGAGGUCAGUGAUGUCGCUUUCAAGGAUGUGACACUGGAGCGCAAAAGUCGCAAUGAGCGACACUUCGCUGCUGCUUGGUACGGACGUACCAGUGGUUUCGAGGUUGUUCACGGUCUCUUGGACCGUGUGAUGGCGAUGCUCAAGAGUGCCUUCAUCAUCGGUGAGGAAGGACUCGAUAACCCUGCUACCGCUGAGUCGCAGUACUUCAUCAGGGAAUUUGAUAACCCUACCUACUUCGCCGGCCAUGCUGCCACCAUCCAUGCCCGCAUUGGCGGCAAGGAACACGUUAUUGGUCAAUUCGGUAUCCUGCACCCUACUGUGCUGGAGAAGUACGAUCUUAAGUUACCUGUCAGCACUCUUGAGAUCAACAUCGAGCCUUUUCUGUAG